AUGGCGGCCAACGGUGACAAGUUCGGCAACGACAUCGAGUCUGACUCCGACUCGGGCAAUGAGUCUCCUGUCGAUCUCCACGAGUCAGAUAACGAGGCCGCUGAGAAGCCCCUCAAGUCCUCGUUGAGAAAGGCGCCGGCUGCCCCAGUCGUGCGACCGUUUCUCCCGCCCCAAACAGAGCCCAAAGAUCUCGACGUCAAGAGCUUGACACCUUUGACACCCGAGAUUAUUGCCCGGCAAGCAACCAUCAACAUUGGCACCAUCGGUCAUGUCGCCCACGGAAAGUCGACAGUCGUGAAGGCUAUCUCUGGCGUGCAGACUGUCAGAUUCAAGAACGAGCUGAUCCGCAACAUCACAAUCAAGCUUGGAUAUGCCAACGCCAAGAUCUACAAGUGCGACAGCCCAGCUUGCCCGCGGCCAACAUGCUAUCGGAGCUACAAGAGCGAUAAGGAAGUCGAUCCUCCCUGUGAGCGGGAAGGCUGCGAGGGAACCUACCGGUUGCUACGCCAUGUCUCAUUUGUGGAUUGCCCUGGUCACGAUAUUCUCAUGAGCACCAUGUUGUCAGGAGCUGCGGUCAUGGACGCCGCCUUACUUCUUAUUGCCGGAAAUGAAUCUUGCCCCCAGCCCCAAACCUCGGAACAUUUGGCUGCUAUCGAGAUUAUGAAGUUGGACAAGAUCAUCAUCCUCCAAAACAAGGUCGAUCUCAUGCGAGAGGAGGCCGCCAAGCAGCACUACGAGUCUAUCUUGAAGUUUAUCCGGGGCACGGUAGCCGGCAAGUCGCCCAUCAUCCCCAUAUCCGCGCAGCUCAAGUUCAAUAUCGAUGCUAUCAAUGACGCUAUUGUCAACACUAUCCCCAUCCCGCCCCGAGAUUUCUCCCAGGACCCACACAUGAUCGUUAUCCGGUCUUUUGAUGUGAACAAGCCCGGUGCAGAAAUUGAGGAGCUCAAGGGCGGUGUUGCCGGCGGCAGUAUCCUCCACGGACUUCUCAAGCUCGGUGACGAAAUCGAGAUCCGCCCCGGUAUUGUGACGCGCGACGACAAGGGCGACCUUAAGUGCACCCCUAUCUUCAGCAGAAUCGUCACGCUCAACUCUGAAGCAAAUGAUCUCAAGUAUGCCGUUCCCGGCGGCCUGAUUGGUGUGGGCACUCGCAUCGAUCCGACUCUAUGCAGAGCCGAUCGUCUUGUUGGCUUUGUGCUCGGCCUCAAGGGACGUCUGCCCGAGAUUUACAGCGAGAUUGAGGUCAAUUUCUACCUCUUGCGCCGCCUCCUCGGUGUCCGGACGGCCGACGGUAAGCAGGCUAAGGUCAGCAAACUUGCUGUCAACGAAGUCAUCAUGGUGAACAUUGGAUCGACGUCGACUGGUGCUAAGAUCUCUGCCAUCAAGAAGGAUGCUGCAAAGUUGAUCUUGACAAGUCCCGCCUGCACAAACAUUGGCGAAAAGGUUGCUCUGAGUAGACGUAUCGAGAAGCAUUGGCGUUUGAUCGGCUGGGCUACGAUAGCAGCUGGUGUCACAUUGGAGCCGAGUAGCUCUUAA